CAACACCGGCAUUCUAACGACGCAUUUCUUUUUCAAACGGGAAGUACAAGCGUUCAGGCAGUCCCCGACGCCAGUCAUUCGAAUGUGCACGUGGCUUAUCGUCAGUCUUGGCUGGAUGCAAAAUAAAUAUAUUUUAGGCCGUAAAUGUUUGCUAUUUCUCGAAAUCGAGCGAUAUAUCGACUCAUCAACGUGUUUUGGGGUCUUCAGCAAGCGUGGAUGCGCUUGUUGUGUAGGCGUAGUAAGGUGCAGAAUGUGUGAUCGCAUCUUUCUCGUUGUCGGGUAUUUUACGGAUCACGAGGAGCAUGUGAAACGAGAUAUCCCACGGGCGCUUGGCAGCCAUAUUGACCAUAUCACGGAGGGCUCUUGCAGCUAGUAGUGCCGCCGCGUUGCCACUGAUCUGAGUACGGCAGCGAGUGGGUCUCCGGCGACCGAACAAACGCUGCAUGACGCCAUGAUGGACGAAGACGCGUCCUCGGUUGAAGCCCUCGUGUCGGAAGGCCGGUAUGCCAGCGAUAGCGAUAGUAGCGAGUACAUGUUGUCCUACUGCGCCGAAGACGUAGUGGCCCGUCUCACGAAACGCGGUCUGAGCUUCGAGCGCGCCUGCCAGUACAAGCCUCGGCACAUGGACUGCUGGCUGCGUCAGGACCUGGACCGCUGGAACAAGGUGCUGCACCCGGGGAGCCUCGAGCUGGUCGAAACCAUGCCGGCCAGCCUGACCAUCCUCUCGAUGAACACGACCCGACGUCUGUACUACAGCGAAGACGAAGUGCGCACCGCCGCCUACGUGUUCCGCCGGCUGCCGAAGGUACACCGCUGCGUGCAGCGCAUCAAGCUGGACGGCGAAAUGAUGUGGUUCUUCUGCCGACUGGACUAUACCGUGGCGCUGACGCUGCGCCGCAGCGUCAACCUCCAGCACCUGGAACUCUACGGUUGGCGCGGAACCAGCAUCUUCUGCGGGGAGGAGCUCUCGGAAGCGCUGGCGGGCCUCCGACACCUGAAGAGCAUCACGUUCUCCUCCCUGCCCGUCAGGGGGUCCAUGUCCCGGUGCCUGACCAACCUGCUGGUACGAAACUCGCGCCAGCUGACUGCGGUGACCCUCUCCGACAACACCAUGUCGCAGGACACCGUGAACUGCCUGCUCAGGGCGUUGCUGCGCUGUCGCGUUCUCGGCGAGCUCUCCAUCGUCGAGAACAGCCUGUCGACGAAAACCGUGGACUCCGUCGCGAAGCUGCUGCGCGUGACGAAGUCCCUUACCAAGCUGACGCUGAACGAGAGCCUAGGCAACAACGUCAGCCUGUACGCCUUGUCCGAGGCCCUCAAGGUCAACACGUCCCUCGUAGAGCUACACGUUGGUCAAUGCGAGACGAGGCUCGACACUCUCUUCGAAGCACUGACCAUUAACACGACCCUGAAGCACUUGGACCUGAACGGUUGCAACAUCUAUGGCGGCAAUGCGGAGUCGCUCGCGAUAGCCCUGAAGGAAAACAUCGGGCUGAAAAGGUUGGAACUAAAUCACGCCCACGUCGACAACGACUCUGUGCGGACGCUUGUCCGUGGGCUGGAGGCUAACCGUUCUCUUGAAACGGUUUGUCUGAAGAGAAACAGCGUAGCCGUGAGUGCGGUCGGGAUGUUCUGCACAAUGCUGCGCAAAAACAAGACCUUGAAGUGCGUGGAGUUUGGUUACGUCGAAGGUUCGGAGCAGGAAAGAUCUACCCUCUCCCUUCAAAUGGCCCGAGACAAAGCCUACAGUCGGAUGCAGAUGGCCUGGACUGGGCCAGACCUUCUGCCGCUGUCUGCAGCUGUGGCAAAUCCUUCAGAGUCUCCGACCGAACUUCACCUAAGUUGUCACUACGAGCUUACCAAAAGAAGAGUCUGUACUGUGCUUGAAAAGCUUGCCACAAACGAGCACGUGAAAACUGUACAACUCUCCGUCACAACAGAAGAGUACCGGCAAGUCAUUGCUGCGAUGUGCUCCGUGCUCUCCAUAAACAGAACGAUCCAGAAUCUUGCAAUCGGCGUUGCAUCUGGCGAAUCUGACCAUGGCCUUUUUGGCGAGGUGGCCAGGGCUCUAAUCGAAAACAGCACUGUGACUCAAGUGUGCUUCAGUGGCCACGAGGUAUCCCUGAGGUCCACCAAGUCGAUUGCGUCGAUGCUGUUGAAAAACACCACAAUUGUGAGCUUGAAGUUGGACAUCUCUCACCUGCCCAGCAAGCGCCUUGCCAUUAUUUCACGCGCUCUGAUGAGAAACCACUCUGUCGUGGACUUCACACUGACCUGUAGCCCGUACACAAACAAGGUCUCGUUUCGCGUGUUCAGUGCCAUCAGACGAAACAUCAGUCUUCUGAACAUGGCUGCACGAUUCGUCAUGCGCGAGAGGCUUGAUGGAGAGGCAGCCAGGGCAUUCGACGCACUCUGUGGAAAAGCAUCGCUUGUUCCACACGUAAUGGAAAUGACCAAGCACACCGAGCACAAGAUAAGGAUGGCUGUGCUGUCUGCCAAGCGUUACAUCCAGAGGAACUACUUCCAGCUUGCUGGCAUCGUGAAAGGCAACAUCGUUUGCCACCCGGGCAUGGCCAGGCAGAUGGACUCCUUGAAUCACGACUGCCGUGUUACUAUCGCUCAGUAUCUGAAGCUUUCGGAUGUUGUCUUGGCAGUUGGUAACAUCAAUGAGAAGCCAUAAUAUACGUGUGGGACUUGCUGGCGUCAUACCUAUAUUGUGUUGUCAUGCCUAUGUUCAACAGAACCAAAUAAAUUCAACAGACAAGCCACGAAAAGCAUA